AUGUCCGCACCCAUCCCCUCGCCCCUCACCAUCCCUUCCUUCCGCGCCCACCGCCCCUCCGAAGUCCGCCAUCCCGCCCCCAUCACCGCAACCUCCUCCCCGCGCUCCAUCCUCGUCUUCUCUGGCGGCUCCGCAAUGAACACCUUCGUCAGCAUCCUGCAGGGGUUUACGGAUGACACUGCCUACAUCAUGCCUGUGAGCGAUGAUGGGGGCAGUACGAGUGAGAUUAUCAAAGUUUUGGGUGGGCCGGGGAUCGGGGAUUUGAGGAGUAGGGUUGUGAGGUUGGCGGAGACGAGGGGGUUGGAGGGGAGAGCUGUGCAUGAUCUUUUGAGUUAUCGGUUGCCGUUUGAUGAGAAGUUAUCGGCGAAAGAGGAGUGGUUAGAGAUGCUUGAAGGAAGACAUCACCUGUGGGACGGCAUCUCACACCCGUAUCGCGAGACGAUCCGGACCUUCCUCGCCCAUUUCCAGCACGAACUCUUCCGCUCGGCCACACGCAAACCGCUGUUCAAUUUCCAGGGCGGAUCCAUCGGCAAUUUCUUCCUCACGGGCUCGCGGUUGUUCUUUGACAACCUCGACGCGGCGGUGUUUCAGUUCAUGCGGAUCAUGCGGGUGCCGCCGCGUACCGAGGUCGUGCCGGUGCUGACGACGACAAGGGGCGCGGUGGUGAUUGCGGCCGCGCAGAGGGAUGGGGGGGUUAUUUAUGGGCAGUGUGAGAUCUCGCAUCCGGGGCAGGUUAUGCCGGAGGGGGCGAGGACACGGUCGGGGUCGUUGAAACCCACCCUCAUCCCCUUCACCUCCGUCACGCGCAGCCCCUCCCAAAACCUCAUCUACUCCAAAACAACCUCCCAAUCCCUCUCUUCCCCCCUCCGCCGCAUCUACUACGUCAACCGCGAGCGCCAGGAAAUCUUCCCGGACAUCAACCCCGUCGCCGCCGCACAGCUCUCCCGCAAACGCACAAUCAUCUACGGCUGCGGAUCUCUGUAUACAUCCAUCCUGCCGUGCCUCGUGGUUCCGGAGGUCGGACGCAUGCUUGCGGAUAACACGAAAAGUGGGGGGAUUGCAAGUCCGUACCCGAUCAGGGAUGGUACACCUCCCGCGGCCCGUGUGAAACUACUCCUGUUGAACGGAUCUCACGAUCGCGAGACGGAGGGGUACACCGCCCUCGAUUUCGUGUACGCCAUCACCGACGCGCUCAAUUACUCAUGCAUGGUCGAGCAGAAACGCGGGACGGCACAUCGACCCUCCCUCCCGGACAUCGACGGAAACUCGUCCCUCCCGUUCACCCGCGACCGGGACGGCAAGCCCGUCGACUCGGGCCGCACCUACCUCGGCUCGCCACACCCGCCCGCGGCCUACAUCACGCACCUGCUGUACCCGGAGGACGGGGAGGUGAGGAUUGAUGUGGAGAGAGUGGAGGCAUUGGGGAUUCGGUGUGUUCGGGUGCGCAAGGCGGCGCGGAGUGUUGGGCUUGGGCAAGGGAGGGGGUUGUAUGGAGUUGAGGAGUUGGGGGAGGUUUUGGAUUGUUUGGUUAUCUAA